AUGGAGAUACAGCGACAUUCUGAAUUGGGAAAUGAUUCAAACGAAAUGCCAUCACCAGGAGGAUUUAAUCUUCGUCUAACAGUACCCAAGAAACAUUAUUCAGUGCAACGAAACGAUUCACUCCAAUUCAUCAUUACACCUGUUUUCGAUAAGGCGAUGAUGCAGAAGAAGACACCAAGUUCACCAGGUACGGUGCUUACUGUUGCCGGAUUGUUUGUCGUUGGCAUAACACUUGUUCUAAGCGGAAUUAUCGUGUUAUGUCAGCAAUCAGAGCAACCUUUUCGUAUUUGCGGAAGUUUGUUCAUUGGCUUCGGUGUAUCAAUGCUGCUAAUUUGUGCUCUGCUGCAACGUAAAAAUAUCAUCAAAUUUAUUGAGGACCUCAAUCAAGACUUGUAUUUCUUCUCUAUGAGUGAUAGCUAUAUGUGGAAAUUGAUGUUUGUUAAUCGAAAUGAGCUUCCAGAACCUGAUGAAGGAUGA